ACUUAGAAUGACAGAUGACAUUGGUUCUAAUUAAAAAUAUUUUAGAAAUUAUCUAGAAUUGAAAAAAAUAUCUUGUGAAUAUUAUUCUUAAAUAGCAAAAUGAAGAUUUUAGUGAAAUGUUUACAAGGUGGAAGUACUUUAUUAGACGUUAGUGAAAGUAGUACAGUGUCUGAACUAAAAAAACUAGUACAGAAAAAUAUGAGGAUACCAGUGUUCCAACAAACGUUAAUUUUAUUUGGAAAAUGUUUACAAGACGAAAAAUGUAUAAGUGAUUACCCACAAAUAAAAGAUGGAACUAAGCUGUACGUCGCCAUAAAGAACCCGGAUUUUUUCAAUACUACGCUCCACAAAUUUUUAAGAAAAUACUACCAUGAAGCGCAAUGUAAAGUAAUUGUAGAAGAAUUUAUGAAAAAUUUCCAUUCCAAAGUUAACAGUCUUAGUUUGGACGAUUUAGAAAGGAUAGCAAAAUCAGAAAUUGAGAGUGCGGCCAGUGGACUCUGAUAUAUAUUCACCUUAUUAUAUUGAUUUUCAGUGUAUAUUAGAAAUAUAACAAUAGUAAGUUAUGGAUAUUUAUAAAGUGCUAAAAAAGUGUUUAUCUAUGGUUUUUCUAAUAACAAAUUCGUAUAACACUAGAAAUUCCUUUAAUGUACCUGUUUUACAAUGGCAUGCAGUAUGGUGUCAGUGGGACACUAAACUUUAUUGAGACAAUCUUGAUUACUUUUUUGACACCCCAUAUACUAAAUAUAAAUCAAAUAAUCUUUUAAUAAUCUCUUGGUAAUAAAGAAAUAAAACUUUGUUAGUCUUUUUUUUUGGAUAAUAAAAAUGCUUACUAAAA